AUGGCGGACAUUCUUGAGAGGCAAAGAACGAUCCAGAGGAUGAUCGAACGUGCCCUCGAGAACUUCAAAAAAAUUGGAAAGGGCAAUCUGACCACGGCAAAGAUUUGUUCCCGCAUCCUGCUUCUCAAGGACAACUGGAGCCAAUUCGUGACUGGGCAUGCUGCUUUGAAGGAAGCGAUUCCCAAGGUCAAACGAGAGGAGUUCCCGUACUUCAGCGAGAACCAUUUCGAGAGAGCCCAGGAUGCCUACCUCACCGCUCUGGACUACAUGGCGGAUUGCUUAGAGGAGCUCGAGCCGACUGUGAGUCCGAACCAUUCAAGUAUCUUCUACGUCGACCGACGUCAGGAUGCGCCCGCGACCGCGUCCGCGUUCUCGUUGCAGCAUCUCCCUUCCAUUCAAUUACCGCCGUUCGAUGGUAAACCCGACGAAUGGGCACAGUUCCGCGAUCAGUUUACUACGCUAAUUCGCGACAAUAAAGACUUGAAUGAUUUCGCUCGCAUGCAUUUCCUCUCCUCGUGUUUAAAAGGCCGCGCCGCAGAAUGUAUUACGCAUCUUCCUAUUACCGCGGAGAAUUUUGAACUCGCGUGGGCCGCGUUAACCUCGCGCUACGAGAACAAGCGGCGCACACUUAAUAUUCAUCUCUCCGCUCUGCUCGGUCUUCCUAGCGUACCGCGUGAAUCGGCUUCCGAGUUACAAUCUUUACAUGAUAAGGUUGCGGCCGCUCUAAAAUCCUUCUCGAAUUUGGAUCGCAAUACCGACAAUCUCUGGAACGAUAUGCUCGUAUAUUUUGUCACGCAGAAACUCGAUCCGAUCACGCGGAAGGCUUGGAAUUUACAGGAAAGCGGUCGCGACAAUCCGCCUACGUACGACGAUCUUAAACGCUUUCUCGAACAUCGCAUUCGCAGAUUGAAAAACAACGCAAUCUGCGCCCCCGUGAAGCCCGGUGCAAAAACCGCUCCAUCCGAUCGCGUUCACGCUGCUACCGCGUCAGCGAACGUGCCGCCAAAGUGCCCGCUAUGCGACACGCCCCAUUAUCUAAAUUCCUGCGUUAAGUUCAGGGAAAAGAAUCCGAAUCAACGUCGAGAAAUGGUGAAGCAGCAAAAACGUUGUUUCAAUUGCUUGAGCGAAAAGCAUACAGUUAUGUCGUGCAAAAAUUCUUUUUCCGACCCGGAUCCGACAAGUUUCGAUCCCAUCAGUAUUAUCAUUGGGGCCGAUCUAUACAGUACUUUACUUCUUGGCGGCGUCCGCAAGGGAGACGUCGGCCAGCCGAUCGCCCAAAAUUCCGUUCUUGGAUGGAUUAUUUCCGGACCGAUUGAUUUUCCCGCGGCGAGAUCCCCGUCGCACUCAUCCAUACAGAGCUCUCACGCCAGUAUCUCCACACACCAAAUUUCGUGUUCUCCUGCUCUCGAGGAUGAGCUUCGUCGUUUUUGGGAAGUCGAGGAACUUCCACGUCAAUCUAUUCUCUCGCCGCAAGAGAGACAAUGCGAAACGCAUUUCCGAGAGACUCAUUCUCGCAAUUCCGAUGGGCAAUAUAUCGUUCGCCUUCCGUUUAAAUCCCCUCCCCCUCUCGAUAUCGGAGCGUCGCGUCUCCAAGCCGAGCGUAUGUUAAACACGUUAACGCGGCGGUUUAAAAACAAUUCGGCAUUGGCAAGCAAAUAUCGAAAAUUUCUCGCGGAAUAUGAACGUCUUGAUCACAUGCGACCUUCGCCUCAACCGCAGAGCGAAACCAUGCAGUGUGUUUACAUUCCGCAUCACGGGGUAAUCCGAGAAAAUAACGCUACCACCCCUCUCCGCAUUGUGUUCAAUGCAUCAAGCGCCACUUCCAACGGGUCUUCGUUAAAUGACCAUUUACUCGCCGGUCCGAAAUUACAAACCGACAUUACGUCAAUUUUAUUGCAAUGGCGACGACACCGAUUCAUAUAUUCAUCCGAUAUCGCGAAGAUGUAUCGCCAAAUUCGCGUCGAUCAACGCGAUCUCAAUUACCAACGCAUUUUAUGGAAUGCAACACCGCAUGAACCGCCUACUGACUACCAGCUGUUAACAGUCACGUACGGUAUGUCCUGCGCGCCCUUCCUCGCUCUUCGCGUUUUGAAACAACUCGUCGACGACGAAGGUCACCGAUUUCCGCUCGCGGUAUCCAUUCUACGCGAGAACAUUUACAUCGACGAUAUUCUAUUCGGCGCAGACAACGCGGAGUUCAUUCGACAAGCGCGAGACCAAGUAAUCGCUAUCCUGAAAUGCGGCGGAUUCGAUUUAAGAAAAUGGGCCAGUAAUUCGCCCGCUCUCCUCGCGGAUCUUGAUCCCGCCACUCUGAGUUCGGCAGACAAAAAACCUUUCUCCCCUGACGAACAAAUCAAGGUUCUCGGUAUCGGGUGGAAUCCUACCACCGAUAUUUUUGAAUUCAGCGUCGCACUUUCGAGCCCCGUUCCAUCUAGCAAACGUACCAUUCUGUCCGCUAUUGCGAAACUGUACGACCCUCUCGGAUGGGUCACUCCAGUCAUUAUAACCGCGAAAAUUCUUAUGCAGCAAUUAUGGCGACAGAAAUUAAACUGGGAUGAUACGCUUCCCCCCACUCUGUUGUCUCGGUGGGAAGAUAUUUAUUCUCGAUUCGGGCAUUUAAAAAAUUUGCAGAUCUCGCGAUGGUGCGGAUUGGACGUUGAGUCCGCUGAAAUACACGGCUUCGCCGACGCGUCGAACACUGCUUACGCUGCUGCCGUGUAUCUUAAAGUUGUUUCGUCGGGACAAACUACCAUUUCCUUGCUAGUAGGUAAAUCAAAGGUCGCGCCGUUAAAACCGCUAAGCGUGCCACGAUUAGAAUUAUCAGCUGCACUACUACUCUCCCGACUUGUCAAUUUCGUGCGCGAAUCACCCGGUUACAGCAAUCUUCCGUACUUUUGUUGGACGGACUCCACGAUCGUCCUCGCGUGGGUGACUCAGCAUCCGUCGCGAUGGAAGACAUUUGUUGCCAAUCGCGUCAAUGAAAUUCAAUCUCGUCUUCCAAACGGGAAGUGGCAACACGUCUCGACAGAAGACAAUCCCGCGGAUUGUGCUUCGCGCGGCCUACUCGGCAACGAAAUCGUCAGUCACGACUUGUGGUGGCACGGACCAUCUUGGCUGCGCCUUGAUGCUCCCGCAUGGCCUUGCUCCGACGCACGACUACCUCCGCAAGCUCCAUUAGAGGAAAAGGUCAUAGCCUUGCAAUGCUCUCCCCCGAACGACACUUGGGAUCUCCCGACGCGAUAUUCCUCAUGGCCUAAAUUAAUUCGCGUCACCGCCUAUAUUUUGAAGUUCAUACGCUUAUGCCGCCGCUCCUGUUCUAACGACAAUUCAUUGUCAUCCUCCUCACAACCACUUAUUAUUUCCGCAUCGGAAUGCAACAAUGCACGAAUAUUUUGGUUAAAAAAGAUUCAAUCGAGCAUAUUUCCGGCUGAAAUACAUUCUCUGGCCAACAAUCAUCCCUUCUCAUCAAAAUGUUCGAUUCUCGCUCUCCGACCGUUCAUUGAUAAGGACGGAGUUCUACGCGUGGGUGGGCGAUUGGCUAAGACCCCGCUCUCAUUUUCGGUUCGGCAUCCUAUUCUCCUGGCGGCCCAUCCACUAGUGUCGCUAAUCGUCACUCAAGCUCAUUUACGGGCAUUGCAUGCCGGACCUCAGCUUACGAUAAGUCUGUUACGUCGCGAUUUCUGGAUUCUCCGCGCUCGUAACAUCGUAAGAUCAAUAAUUCAUAACUGUGUCGUAUGUACGCGCGAACGCGCCGCGAUUCCGACCCAACUUAUGGGUAACCUUUCCGAGCCUCGUGUGUCUGCGUCUGCUCGCAGUUUUUUGCAUUGCGGGGUAGAUUAUGCUGGUCCCGUGCAGAUUCGCGCUUCUGCGGAUCGAGGCAUUACUUCACGAAAAGCCUAUAUCGCCCUUUUCGUUUGCUUAGCGACCAGAGCGAUACAUUUGGAAUUAGUCGGAGAUUACUCCACCUCGGCUUUUUCAAACGCUUUUUCCCGUUUUUGCGCACGUCGCGGCCUUCCCCAAGCCAUGUAUUCUGAUAACGGUACAACGUUUGUCGGAGCUGAUCGCGAGAUGACCAAAGCGUACAGAGCGGCUGUGCGCGAUCCUAAUUUUUUAAACUUAACCGCAUCCGAUAAUGUGACGUGGAACUUCAUUCCACCGUCUGCUCCACACUUCGGCGGCUUGUGGGAGGCCGGCGUCCGAAGCGUUAAAAAUCAUUUGCGUCGCGUAUUAGGCACUCAUCGGCUCACCUUCGAGGAAUUCACAACUUUGUUAUGCAGGAUCGAAGCCUGCUUAAAUUCCCGCCCGAUCGCGCCUCUUUCGAAUACGCUGGACGAUUACGAAUAUUUAACUCCGGGUCAUUUUCUGGUCGGAUCCGCUCUUAUUGUAAAUCCGGAACCAUCGCUUCUUCAGCUCAACGAGAACCGCCUUUCGCGAUGGCAACUCGUCAAGCCGCAACUUCAGGUCGGUCAACUCGUUCUCUUACGAAACUCCACAUUACCUCCAUGUAAGUGGGAGCUUGGCCGAGUGACACAGUGUCACGCUGGAUCCGACGGAUUAGUUCGUGUGGUUACUGUCAAAACAGCCACAUCAGAGUAUCAACGACCUAUCGUUAAACUAUGCGUUCUCCCGAUUAAUAGCGAGGCGUCGAGCAACUAA